AGGUGUUGGGGGAGUAUACUUUACAGUUUGGAAAGUAUAAGGGGAAAUUGUUCAGAUGGCUCCUUGAAAAUGAUGUGGGGUACACUCUGUACCUCAUUAAACAAUUUGAAAAGGAGCAAAUGGCUGGCAUGCCUUUGGAUGGGCCCAGCAAAGACAGCCUGCGGUCCUUUGUAGGGUAUGCCAAUUCCUUCAAGGAAAUCAAGGCAGUGCUGGAGUACGAGGCCAGGAGGACCGGGGCUGUCAGCUCAGUGGAGGAGGACCAACAGGUCGGCUUUGGCCGCAUGCCAACAAGGACCUGGGGUGACGUCUGGGAGGGUAGGGCAGAUGGCUUUGCAGCGUUCGUUCUGUCCCGGACCACCACUCCGGGAACUAGCAUGGACAAACUGAAGCGGUACCUGACCAAGAAGACCCAGGAGGCAUCCAUGUCCUCUCCUCUGCUCGCCUCCAGCCAAGCCGUGGUCAUGGAUGAAGAUGAAGACCUGGAGCAAGCCAUGCUGAACAUCUCCCCCUCCAAGAUGGUCAAGCAGAGCUCUGCUGCCCUGUCUUCGGGUGCAUCUUCAUCUCCCAGGAAUAAGAGACCAGCAGGCCGAGGUCUCUUUGCGUAUCAGUUGUUGGGACCAAGACAUGACUCUUGGUCAAUGUUCAUGCCACGUUCCUGGCCUUGUUCAAUGUUCAUGCCACGUUUCUGGCCUUGUUCAAUGUUUAUGGUGUUCUGCCUUUCAAAACUCCAAUCAUGA